UAAGGAAAAAAAAUAACAAAGAAGAAGAAGACAAGAAGAAAUGUUCUCCAGCAGCCAGAUAGAUGUCGCCGGCGGCGGCUUUUCUUCUUCACAAGCCACUGACUCAUCCCGCUCCUCAGCCAAGAGUCGAGAUGCACAGCCGAUGGUUCCGGUAACGGUGAAGCAAAUAAGCGAUGCAGUACUAUCAACUGAUGACAAAUCAAGCUUUAAGAUCGACGGAGUUGAUGUAAAAAAUGUGAUGUUGGUGGGAAUGGCAUUUAACAAAUCUGAAAAGGUUACGGAUGUCCAAUUUGAGAUUGAUGAUGGGACUGGCCGUAUUGGUUGCCUUAGAUGGAUCAAUGACGCCGUGGACACCAAGGAAGUCGGGAGAAUAGAGGAUGGGAAGUAUGUUCGAGUGCAUGGACUUUUGAGAGCAUUGCAAGGCAAAAAGCAACUACAGGUCUUUGCCAUCAGGCCUCUGAAUAACUAUGAUGAGCUCUCAAGCCACUUUCUCGCCUGCAUACAUUACCACAGCUUUAACACCAGACGGAAUGGAGUCACUGCCCCUUUUCAAGUUCAUAAUCCAAUUUCAGCAGUUAGCACUCCUGUGAAUGGACACAAGAGCUCCUCUUCAAAUCAAUUCUAUGGAGAAUAUAGCACGGAUGGACUCAAGGGCAUUGAUAAAAUGGUGAUAGAGUACUUGGAACAACCUUCCUCAGUGGCUCAGGAAAAGGGAGUUCACAGGAAUGAAAUUGCCCAGCACCUCAAAAUUCCUCUGGAAAAGAUCUUGGAGACUAUUGAGUCCCUAGAAUCAGAAGGGCUGAUUUACUCAACAAUUGAUGAAUGUCAUUACAAGUCCACUACCUGUGGUUGAAGUCAUGACAUGCAUAUGCCCCAGAUCAAUGCGAGGAUUGAUAGCAAGAUCAUCAUGCACCCAUGCUUGCACUCAUUUACUUAGGUUGGAUGUCCUAUUUUGUUAGUAGUAGAGUUGAAAAGGGAACAUCGGCUCCAUGAUAAGUAAAAUCCAGCAGACUUUUGUACGCUCGAAAAGUUUCCAACCUUAUUUAGAUAGCCCGUGUUUUGGCUCUGUCUGUUCUGAUGUAAAGGGUAAAACAACUUACUGCUCUCUUAGGAUUGAACUUCACCUUGAAAACUUUGCAGUAAAUGAUUGAUCAAAGACUUAAAAUC